ACAGUUUUAACUUUUGUGUGUAUUGAGUUAGUUGUAUUCUGUGUUUUUCUUAUAAUGUUUGUGUCCACUUCCAGUUGGUGGAUAAAUAUAAUAACACCGUGUCUACUAGUUUUUACGAUUAUUUAUUAUUUUUGUACUUCGACAUUUAGUAAAUGGGACAAAAUCAAAGUGCCUUAUGUUCAGCCAAUUCCACUAUUCGGCAAUUUCUUCUAUGUAGCUUUUGGAAUGCAACACCCCAUAGAUUUCUACAGGAAAAUUUACUAUGAGCUGGCUGGUAACAAAUACGGAGGUUUAUUUCAGAUGAGAACCCCGUAUUUGAUGAUCCGCGACCCGGAAAUAAUAAACAAUGUGCUUAUCAAAGACUUCUCAAAUUUCCCUAAUCGCGGUAUUUACUCAGAUUUCUCAGCGAAUCCCCUAUCAAACCACCUAUUUUUUAUGGAAAAUCCACAAUGGAAAUUAAUCAGGAAAAUAUUGAGUCCAGUGUUCACUUCAGGAAAACUCAAGCUAAUGUACGAUCAAAUCAAAGAGUGUGGCGACGAACUUAUGAGAAAUAUCCAUAAGAACUUAAUGAAAACCGACAAUAAAAUAGAAGUGCGAGACAUUUUAGGAAAAUAUUCAACGGACGUCAUCGGCACUUGCAUUUUUGGCCUGAAAUUAAACGCCGUAAGCGACGAUAAUUCUACGUUUCGGAAGUACGGGAAGUCUUUAUUUGUUCCGUCACUGAGAACACAUUUAAGGGAAUUGAGUUUGAUGAUCAAUCCUACUCUGUUGAAUAUCCUAAAGUUUAAGGAUUUCCCAGCGGAUGCAACUGAAUUUUUCCAUUCAGCAUUUCACGAAACGAUAACAUACAGGGAAAAAAACAACAUAGUCAGAAACGAUUUUGUUCAAACCUUGAUACAGGCGAGAAACGAUUUGGUUUUGAAUAAAAAUAUACCUCAAGGAGAAAGAUUUUUAGAAUCACAAAUUGUUGCCAAUGCAUUUGUUAUGUUUGCUGCUGGAUUUGAAACCGUAUCUACUGCUAUGAGUUUUUGUUUAUAUGAGUUAGCGUUAAAGAAGCAUAUCCAAGACAAAGUACGCGAAGAAAUUAAUUUGAAAUUAUCGAAAAACAACGGACUGAUUAAUAACGAUUUGCUGAUAGAACUUAAUUACUUAGAUAUGGUUUUAGCAGAAACACUCCGUAAGUAUCCUCCGACCUUUGCUUUAUUCAGAAAAGCAUCACAAACAUAUCACGUACCAAACGAUUCAUUAACUAUUGAAAAGGACCAAAAAGUUAUAAUUCCUAUUUAUUCACUGCAUUACGAUCCAAAAUAUUUCACGGAUCCUGAAGUAUUUGAUCCAGAAAGAUUUUCAACCGAAGAAAAAGCUAAACGUAUAAGUGGUACUUAUCUUCCAUUUGGCGAUGGACCUCGAAUAUGUAUAGGAAAACGUUUUGCCGAGUUGGAAAUGAAAUUGGCUUUAGUUGAGAUUCUAACUAAAUUUGAAGUAGAACCAUGUGAAAGAACUGAAAUUCCUAUACGAUUUAGUAAAAAAGCAAUAAUAACAAUGCCAGAAAAUGAACGGUCGACAGUCGUCCGGCAGACGUUCGUUCGAACAGUAAAAUUGAUUUCGCAUGUCUGUCUUCUACCCAAAGCGAUAAUGUUUGAAUUCGUCUACGAACUGUUCGACCUGAAAAUGCUAUUGGUCACCGCGUUUCUCGGUGCCAUAUACAUGUACUCCACCUGGACCCACAGCCACUGGUCCAAGCUGGGCAUAUCCAGUCCGUCGGCGCCGGUGCCGUUGUUCGGGCACGCGAUGCCCUCCAUGAUGGGCCGGAUGCACUUUAUGGACGUGCUGCACAGCCUUUACCGGCAGCUGGGCGACCGGCGGUUCGGUGGCAUUUAUACGAUGCGAACGCCGCAACUGCUCGUCAAAGACCCAGAACUAAUAGGACACAUAUUGAUCAAAGACUUCAACAACUUCACUGACCGCGGGUUAUACGCAGGCACACACACGAACCCACUCAACAAUAAUAUAUUCUUCACGCGGGGCGAGCGGUGGAAAAUAAUGCGGCAAAAGCUCAGUCCCACGUUCACGGCCAACAAACUGAAAUACAUGAACGAACAGGUAAAGGAAUGCAGUGACGGUCUGCUAUCGACCAUCGGCAAGACUCUGGACGACGACGCCGGACGGAUCGAAAUCCGCGAGAUGAUGGCCAAAUACUCGACCGACGUGAUCGGCAGCUGCGCGUUCGGUCUGAAGCUGGACGCCAUCAACGAUCCGGACUCGGAGUUCCGGAAACACGGGAAAAACGUUUUCCAGCCAUCGCUGAGGUCCAAAAUCCGAGUGGCGAUCAUAUUCAUGCAGCCGUCCCUGCUGAGCAUAUUUCGCGUGCAUCACUACUCGCACCGCACCAUCCGAUUCUUCCACGACGCGUUUAAGCAGACGAUCAAUUACCGAGAGAAGCACAACGAAGACCGCAAAGACUUUGUACAGCAUUUGAUGAAGGCCAGAGAAGAUCUGGUGUUGAACCCGAAUCUAAAACCCGAAGAAAAAUUUACCGAAAUGGAUAUUGUAGCAAACGCAUAUAUUCUAUUUAUCGCUGGUUUCGAAACAGUAUCUACAUCAAUGAGCUUUUGCAUGUACGAAUUAGCGUUAAGAAAAGAUGUCCAAGAUAAAGUUCGAAAAGAAAUAUUGGAAGUUAAAGCGAAGUAUAAUGGACAAAUGAAUAGUGAAUGUCUUAACGAACUUCAUUAUAUGGGCAUGGUGAUUAAAGAAACAUUGAGAAAAUAUCCUCCAUUAGUAACACUAAAUCGAGUCGUGACUAAGCCUUAUGUAAUACCUGGGACACAGAUUAAGUUAAAAACUGGUACCAAAAUCGUUAUUCCAGUACAUGCCAUUCACUACGAUCCAAAAUACUACUCUGAUCCAGAGGCUUUUGAUCCGGAUCGUUUUUCAGACGAAAACAUACAUAAUUUGCAACCUAACACAUAUAUGCCGUUCGGAGAUGGUCCUAGAUUUUGUAUUGGCAAAAGAUUUGCUGAAUUUGAAAUGAAGAUGGCCUUGUCCGAAGUGUUAACUAACUACGAAGUGAUGUCAUGUGAUAAAACCCAAAUUCCCAUAAAAUAUGUUAUUGGAAGUUUUGUAAAUAUACCCGAAAGCGUUUGGUUAAAAUUUAGGAAAUUGAAUACUUAAUUUUAAAAUAAUAUAGCGUGUAUAAAUAGGUAUUUAUUUACUUUGUAUAUUGUGUAAUCUUGUGACAAAAUCUUCUGUAUAAGAAAUAAAAAUACAUUUGAUUAAAAGAAACUAAUUUAAUGACAA